UAAAUUAAAUAGAGAACACAGAACAAAAAAAAAACAAGAACAAAGCCAGUAAAAUGUCGGUCUUCCUCUUUUUCCUCUUCCUCUUCCUCUUACCCCUUAUCUCAAUCUUCUUGAACGUUUUCAAACGUCCGAAAUGGAAGCUUCCUCCAGGUCCAAAGAAGCUUCCCAUCAUCGGAAACUUGCACCAACGCGGGAAACUACAUCCCAGGAAUCGCCGUAAUAUCUCCGAAAUGUAUGGACCAGUGGUGCAUCUCCAAUACGGAUUCAUCCCCGUGGUCGUGGUCUCUUCGAAAGAAGCAGCAGAGGAAGUUCUAAAGAUCAACGAUCUUGAGUGUUGUACUCGACCAGAGGCGGCCGGGAUGAGAGCAACUUUUUACAACUUCAAAGACAUCGGGAUGGCACCCUUCGGCGACGAGUGGAGUCUGAUGCGGAAGCUCUCGGUGGUAGAGCUCUUCAGCGUGAAAAAGCUUCAGUCUUUCAAGUAUAUCAGAGACGAAGAGAAUGACUUGUUUGUCAAGAAAAUCUCUGAGUUUGCUACGAGACGAUCUCCAGUGAAUCUUGAGAGAGCCGUUUUCACUUUAGUCGGAAAUACAAUUUGUCGGAUCGGGUACGGGAUAAAUCUCUAUGAGUGUGAGUUCUUUGAUGAAGAAAGCGUCGUGGAUCUUGUGCUAAAGGCUGAAGCAGUCAUAAGAGAAACUGUGUUCUCUGAUUUCUUUCCCGGAAGAAUCGGUAGGCUCGUCGACAGGAUCUCCGGUCAGAACAAGAGAUUGAACAAUAAAUUCUCGGAAGUAGACACUUUCUUUCAGAAUAUUCUUGACGAGCAUCUUAAGCCUGGAAGAGAGAGCUCUGAUAUUAUUGACAUGAUGAUCGAUAUGAAGAAGAAGCAAGAGAAAGAUGGAGAUUCUCUCAAGUUCACCACUGAACAUCUCAAAGGGAUGAUCUCGGACAUAUUUGUAGCAGGAAUUGGCGGAGUCGCUGGCAUAACACUAUGGGGAAUGACCGAGCUGAUCAGAAACCCGAGAGUGAUGAAGAAAGUGCAAGACGAGAUUCGGACAACACUUGGGGACAAGAAGGAGAGAAUCAAAGAAGAAGAUCUAAACCAACUUCACUACUUUAAGCUCAUGGUCAAGGAGAUAUUAAGGUUACAUCCAACAACUCCACUCUUGCUCCCAAGAGAGGCAUCGUCUCAUUUCAAGGUCCAAGGCUACGAUAUUCCUGCGAAAACACAGAUCCUAGUCAACCUUUAUGCGAUGGGUCGUGAUCCAAAACUCUGGGAAAAUGCGGAUGAGUUUAACCCUGACAGGUUCCUCGACAGUUCCAUUGAUUAUAAAGGAAAAAACUAUGAGUUGCUACCGUUUGGAUCUGGUAGGAGAAUAUGUCCUGGGAUGGCAAUGGGAACCAUGCUUGUUGAGUUGGCAUUGUUGAAUUUGCUUUACUUCUUCGAUUGGGGAUUGCCGGAGAAGGAUGAAGCCAAAAAGAUCGUUACUCGGGACGGUGAAGAGACUUUUCUUGCCUACUUUCAAGUUCUUCACCACUGAAUAUGGUUUGGUUAUGUACACUAGAUUCUAAGAUAAUAAAUGACAACUAUUUCUGUUGUAUGUGUUUUGGUUGCAAUAAAAAUAAAAACUGAUGGUCCAGUUGGAAGCUGCAUAA